UCUCCGCGUCGCGCUGAGUGACGUCCCCGCGGUCACGGCUGGACAUGGCGGCGCUGCUCAGAGGUCUGCGAGCUGGACGGCUCCUGCGGGGGCUCGGCACUGUGGCGGCUGUGCCGACAGCCACGAACCCUCAGUGCAGCAGCCUAAGGAGAGGCUUCCACUGUGCAGCUUUGAGGCUGCAGGACGAGUCCAAAUCCGACAAACCCCCCUCCUCUUCAUCAUCAUCAUCGUCGUCAGCGGGAUCUACCUACCACGAGCACUACCAGGCUCACGCAUCUGAACACACGGAAACGGCUUCCCAUCUCGGCUCUGAUCCAGCAGCAGAGACGACAAACACCAGCUACCAGGACCAGAGUGAGGAGCAAGACGAGGAGUACGAAACAGAGGAGCAGCUGCAGGCUCGAAUCCUGACUGCUGCUCUGGAGUUUGUCCCUCAUCAUGGUUGGUCCAUGGAAGCCGUCUCGGCUGGUGCUGAGUCUCUGGGUCUGUCCUCAGCUUCCACUGGCAUGUUCGACAACGGAGCAGGAGACUUGGUCCUGCAUUUCAUCAGCAAGUGUAAUUCAGAGCUGACAGAGAUCCUGGCUGAACAACACAACCAGGUCCAGCUGGGCCAGGCCGAACGAAAGAAAACAGCUGAAUUUCUAAGAGAUGCUGUGGAGACCCGACUGCGGAUGUACAUCCCCUACAUGGAAAACUGGCCACAGGCGAUGAGCAUCCUGCUCCUUCCUCACAACAUGCCAGACAGCCUGAAGCACCUCUCCACCCUGGUGGACGAUAUCUGGUACUAUGCCGGAGACCGGUCCACAGAUGUGAGUGGACCCUAUCACCCUCGACCCCCCCCUUCUUCUGCACAUACCUUCCUGUCCCCCUAUCAUCACCACCCCUACGAUAUCCGGCCUGCCACCGUUCAGAUGAACUGGUACACCAAGCGGGCAGUGCUGACGGGCAUCUAUAACACGACAGAGCUGGUGAUGCUUCAAGAUUCCUCUCCAGACUUCCAGGACACCUGGAACUUCCUCGAUAACCGCAUUCAGGAUGUAGUAAACAUGGCCGGCACAGCCAAACAGGUGCAGUCGACCGGUGAAGCAGUAGUGCAGGGGCUCAUGGGAGCCGCUGUUACACUGAAGAACCUCACAGGAGUGAACCAGAGACGAUGAUAUCCUGACCAUCUGGCUCAUCAUGAACAGAAGAACAGCUUUCUUUUUGACAAUUCUUCUGUUUUGCUGUAUAAUAUGAUGGAUUAUGGUUUUAAUUGACUGAGAAAACAUCCUCAUUUGUUAAAAUCCAUAGGUCUCUUUCUGUUCAUCUGCAGAACCUGUGGCUCUGUAAAAGAUUUUUCUCAAUAUAUUCAAUAACUUUUUCCCUUUGUAUAAAAGUACACAAAAAUCUAUUAUUUAGUUGUAGAAACACCAGUCCAAUAAAGUUGUUGCUGUAUAUUUAA